AUGAGUGACUAAUCUCACUCUCGCGAAAACUCUUCAUAUGAAAGUGCACCACCCACCAUAUUGCAGCAUCGAAACAAACUCGAUUCUUUGAGCUGCUCCCUAUCCAUCAUCAGUGACCAACUCUUCAAGUCACAACCCUUGCAAAUCAUCAAGGAUAGUAAGGUGAACUCUAAAGACAAGAGAGUCACCAUCCUCCUCAGUGUCUUCCUUGGCCAAGACUUCCCUAUCACAGUUUCUAAAAAGAAACUAAAGUACAACACAGCUAGGUCUCUCAAUACUGGAAGUAUUCCUCAAGUUGUGAGUGAAGUCCUAGGUGGUGUAAUCAUCAAACUUGAUCCAAACAACAUUGUUGCAUAUCUGCAAAAGAACAUAUCUUUCCAGAACCUCCUCAGUGAUGAGACUCUUCUCUAGUAUCUUGAAUCUUACUUGAUAGAGAUCAAGUCCCGUAGGGUGAGGAACCAAGUUCUCAAGCAACAAGCAGCAGAUGUGCUUGGUCUCAUGAAUUCACCACUCUUUGAUAACUUAGAUCCCAAGGAACAUCCCUUCUUGAAUCGAAGGAAGGCCAAGCAACUGUCCAAGAAAUAUCAAGCAGUACAGAUGUACAUGGUUGAUGAGUUGAAACCCAGCACUAUUGCAAAGAAGUUGAGAAUUUCAGUAGACUCAGUCUACGAUAGUGUGGCCAAGUUCAAGAAGGAUGUCAAGCGAAUCAACAACCCCCCUCAUCCUCCAGCAAAGCCUGGUAGAAAGAAGUCAAGAGACAACCCUAUCUUGCUUGAUGCCAUUGAGGCAUAUGUGAAGGCCAACGGCAUCUACGAUAUCACAGCUUCGAAGGUCCACCUGUAUCUUACAACACUCUCAGGAUAAGGUCAAUUGCCAAGCAAUCUCAAAAUUCCAUCAUGCAGUACCUUACUCAAGAUCAUGAACGAGACUUUUCUUCUCAGGUAUGGUAGGUUGCAAGCAGCAAACCUCAAGUACAGAGAUCCCACCUACAACGAGAAACGAUUGUGGACAAGUAGGUUGCUUGCGCAACUCAUGUACGACGACUUCAUCAUAGUGUGCAUUGAUGAGAGCAACUUUCGAUUUGACUCAUUGCCAACCAGGUAGUGGCAGUUCAACUAAUCAUCUUUGAAGCCCAACUACAAGUAUAAGAGGCCAGAGGCCAACCCUACUCUCAACAAGAGUUUGGUCUUUGCGAGUGAGGACUUCCUGCAGUAUGGCAACCAGUUGAACAAAUUCGUGGACCCACUAGCAUCAAGCAAUGAUGAAUUUGCCAGUGGCAAUGAUGAUAGUUCAAACUCUUCUAUCAGGUCCACCUCACUCUUGCACCAGCAACUUCAAGAAACGCCUUAGCGAAUCGUGCCCAACCACCUCUACCAUAUGCCUCUCAAGAGAUAGAGGCACGACCUUGACACAAUCUAAGAAGUUGAAGAGUCACCUGAGGCUAAGACAACUGUUCGCAAACUGAUGAUCAACCUCUAGCUCACAAGUCCUGAGGCUGUGGUGAAACCACCAUCAAGACAACUCACCCCCACCAACUUGAUCAACAAGUUCACUUCGCCACAGCAGACUCCUCUCACCACCAAGAUGCAGAAGCUUGAACUGAUGUCUACACCUAGACGAGCUGUAGAUGAUAGUGGACUUGUUGGAGUAACCUUACUCGAGAAUUAAUUAAUUCCUAGGAAUUUAAGAUCUCAACUCAACAGUGCAGGACCUGGUUCUCAAUCGCCUGCACAACCUGGUAAGUUUGAUGUCUUGACCCAUGUAGUCGACUAGAUUAUAGUUGCAGAUGAUAACCUUGAGGUGGAUUAGGAACUACAAUUGUCUAGUGAGAGUGAGGGUGGUGGUCCUCAAAAUGAGUUGCUUGAGAGAUAGAGACAAUAUGGCAAUUAGCUUCAAGAACUACUAGGUAGAUAUGGGGCAACCACUCGAGAGGUGUCUCGAGCCAAACGAGGUAGUGCUCCCAAGCAGUAUUCACUAUCUUUGAUUUCUGCAAUAAGCUAGUCCCAGGUGCUGGGCACCUAGAUCGUGGAGGGUUCGAUUGAUUCCACCUUGUUUGAAGACUUCGUGUACCAUACUUUUCACAGCAUCAGGGUGGACUAGGAACUUUGCAGAAAGCGACUGCUCUUGUUCAUGGACAACGCAGUGAUACACAAGCACUCCACGGUGCUCAAGACUGCUAGGAAGUUGAAGGUGGAUGUGUUGUUCAAUGCAGAGUACUCACCCUGGUUGAACCCAGUGGAGUAGUUGUUCUCUUACAUCAAGAAGCACGUGGAUGUUGAAAAGACUCAGAACAAAGUGUCAGACAUUGUCAAGAACAUGACCCAGCAGGACGUCGAGAGCCUCUGGGUGUUCAGUCUCAAGAAAUGGAUUGAAACUAUCAGAUAUGGCUCGGUCUGA